AUGCCUCUUCAGAUCUCGAAGCAAGAGGACAGGUACCCCAUUCGAGGGCUGAAGAUCACCCAAGAGGCGCUUGAGAAGGCCCUCCAUACCUCAGUUCACGCUGAGGUCUUUGCAUAUCUGAGCACCAAGCCUUGGAUUGAUUGCAACUCGGCGCACUCCACCUUGUGCACCGUCUACUGCAACAUCUGGGACUCCCAGCAGGGAACCUGUGCCAAGAAGGCCCUCAGCCAACUGAUCUUUCUCGCUGGGCGGUCCUGCGCAAUCAGGCCCGCUGUGCGUCACACCGGGGUCCCACUAUGCCAGCGCUGCUGGAAGUGGGGCCACCCCACCGUCGCCUGCAAGGCGAAACAACUCUCUUGCCCCAUCUGCUCGGGUCCGCAUGAACAGAAGGAGCACCGCCAACAUGCGGGAUGUUGCAAGGGCAACACGAAAGCGAAGCCCCCUGUGCUGCCCACCCCUCGUGACCAGCCCUGCCCCCACAAGGGCCGCUGUGUCAACUGCCACAAGGACCACGCUGCCAACUCGGCUUCGUGCAAGUUCUGGGCUCAUCGCUACGACCGUGAGUGGAUCAUGGCCGAGUAUUGUCAGACUAAUGUUGGGAAACCUUCAGGAUCUAAGUAUAUGGAGGGCGAUGAGGUUAUUGGCGCACCGAAGCACCCAGAUUGGUUGCAAAUGGUGCAUAUUAAGGAGGGUGAAGUCCCUCACGUGAUCGCCUAUGUUUCGACUAGGCUUUCCCGCUAUCGCCCUGCGAUGCGUCAUGACAUCGUCGACCAUCGCGAUAUCCACAUCCUCUCCCUAUUCAGUGGGGGUGAGGUUCUUAAUCUCAUGAAUGUCUACUCGGACGAUCAACAUACAGCCAUUGAGCACCUCGCUGCUCAUGUGCAUUCUCUACCGCCUUUCAUCUACAUGGCAGGUGACUUCAACUGUCUGUCUAUGACUUGGGAUGAUUACGAUCAUGGUGAGUCAAUGACAGCAAUUUCCCUGCAGGACACCGCAUCUCAGAUCAGCCUCAAGUGGGCACGACCUUCCAACCAUGGACCGACGAGGAUCAGUCCUAAUCCGAACCAGAGAUCCAACGUGCUGGAUCUUGUAUUUUUAGCUCCAUCUGAGAUCUUAAUCUCGAUGCCCAGAUUGGAGCACGAUCUCCAGGGUCCAUCAGAUCAUGUCCCGAUCUGUAUGGAUCUUGAUAUCGGUCCCGAACCACCUGUAUCUGGGCGACGGACAAUUAAACCCAGAAGCGAGGCUGAAAAGUCCUUCCUUUUGGAUAUCCUCUGGGAUCUUGCAGCUAUUCCUGUCACAGCCCUGGCAACCAAGGAAGGCAUUGAAGCUUUAGCUGAUGCUAUCGCAAUAGCGUUCUCGGACGGGUGGCUUGUCCAUUCGACUGAGUCCAAACCUACCAAGCACUCCAAGUCCUGGUGGACGGACAAGUGCUCAGAAACAUUCGGAGUAUAUCAGUUGAGCCACUCGCUUGCUGAUUACAACAAGUUUAAGAAGGUGUGUAAGGACGCCAAGCGUGAUUUCUUUGAUGAACGCAUCGCAGAAAUCACUACUUCUCGCAAGCGCCCGUGGGACCUAAUGGAAUUGGUCAAACAGCGCAAGCUACCACCCUGUGAGGCUAUUCGCAACGGCAACCAGCCUUGCCAUGAUAUGGACGACCUCUGGGACACCCUUCAUGGCACAUACAACUCGGCCUCUGGUUGUGAGUAUGACGCCUCUGUAUUAGAUGAGCUUCCCGACGAGCCAGUCCGUGAGUGGGCUGACUUCUCGGAGCAUGAGUUGUUGAGUGCUCUUAAGGGGUGCUCCAACUCCUCUGCACCAGGACCAGACCAUGUUACAUGGGUCCACCUAAAGGAGUUGCUCAAGGAUAAACACGUCCUUGCACUCUUCAUCGUGUUGGCCAACGCUUGCCUUAGGGUUGGGCAUUGGCCGCGUAUUUUCAAGGAGUCGCUGUUGGUUAUCGUACUGAAGCCGAAUAAGUCCUCCUAUGUAGUCCCAAAGGCUUUCAGGCCCAUAGUACUCCUCAUCACCUUCAGUAAGCUUAUCGAAAAGAUGAUAGCCAACAGGAUACAGUUUGAUGCUGUCAAGCAUGAUAUCUUCCAUCCCAACCAACUUGGCGGUAUUCGCCAGAGGUCAACUGAGGAUGCUGGAUUGAUUUUGACUCAUCUCGUGCGAGCGGGGUGGGUUAAGGGUCUCCAGACUAGCGCGCUGGCUUUUGACAUCACGCAGUUCUUCCCUUCUAUCAACCAUGAGAUGUUCAUGGCUGUCCUUCAAGCAAGGGUUCUCACCAAUAUUGGUGGAGUUCUUUGCCUCUUAUCUGGUUGCGGUGCUCGAUGGCAGGCCGCUCACUAUCUACAAACACGCAUGCUGCACAACCUGGGUACUAGGUAA